AAUAUAGAGUAACUAUAUUUUCUAUGGCUUAUGUAUAUUGUAUAUGUCGUGGUUCGUGGUUCAGAACGAUUUGUGCUAUGCGAUUUGUGGGAUGCGUUGUAGACGCUGUUUGUUAUAAAUAUUAAAUAAUACCUAUAUUUAAAGUUUUUUUAUUGAUAUAGUGCUGAUCGUAAGAUGCCGCGUAUUAAAGCAUCGCCAAAAAAAUGUAUAAAAACCAACGUUCAACAUCCAACCAAUUCUUGGGUUAUUUUAUUAAAAGGUGAAGCAAUAGAAUUAUCUGAACAUACUGAAUACACUGGAAGUGGAACCCCAGAUAUUGUUACUUUGAGACAUCCUAGUACUGGGGACUCGGCAAUAUUUUUAUUUUCUGCAGCAAAUAAUUCUGUUCAAGAAAUUUUAACAUUUGUUGAAGGAAAAAGAUCAUGGUUUAUAGAUGAUUCAGUUAAAAGUGAUGGGAAAAUGCAUCUCUCUACCCCAAUAGAUCCAAUAUUUUUAGUUCUUCCAUAUUUAAAGAAAUAUUGUAUGACACAAGCUAUCCCUUUGAAGCAACUUCUGCAUGAUGAAGAAUUUCCAGAAACUGAAAGACUUUUAAAAUCUAGUGGAUUAAAAUACUUGACUAUGAUAGCUGAUAGAAAGGGUGAUGAAGAGUUAAAUGCAUUCAAAUAUAAUGAAGAAAAAACACUCUCAUGGCUUAAGAAAAAAACUGAGAGAGUAGCUGAAAUAUUACAACAAAAAAAUAUUCAUGUUACACCUGGUGGAGCAGUUUCCUCAACAUGUAUAAAAUCAUCAAAAGAUAUAUCAGAUAAUGAUAUUUAUUUGAGGUAUGCUCAUGGAAUUGUUUCUGAAUAUUUAAUGGAAAACGACAGUCGAAAAUUACUUAAAUAUUUAAAUCUUCCUGAAGAUAAUCUGGGUGUAAAAAGGAAAAGUUUACUAAUACCAGAACGUGACGCAAAAAAGGUCAAAAUUGAACAAAAUAAAAAUGCAAUUCCAAUUGUAUUAGACCUAAGUAAAUCAGAUUCAAAACUAGUGAAAAAUACAAUACCAUCUUCUAAAGAAAAGGCAAGGUUGAAAGCUGCAAGUGGUAGCAAAACGAUUAACUCAUUUUUUAAAAGAACUUAAUUGUGACUGUUAGAAUCUAGGUAAAUUUUUAUAAAGUUGUGACAUAAAACGUUCAUACCGUAGAAUUUAAACAAUUCAGUAUUUAAAGAUGAUUAUUAAUCAAAUCACUAGUUUAUUAUUUUGUAUCUUUUGUAGUAGUUGUAAUAUAAAUGUGUAUUAUUUAA